AAUGUCAGAUUUGUUGUUUCGCUGUUUGAUCGGUCGUUUCAUGCCGCUAAUUUUUCCAUACAAAAUUUAGCGCGUGGAUUUACUGAGACUGAGCACGUUUUUCAGUUGUUAUUAAAACUUUUGUAUCCUUUAGUGAUCUUGGCGAGACUCUUAAAAUGGAAUUUCUCGAAUAUAAUGAUGUGCAAGCUGAGAUCAAAGGCGCAAUGGUUCCUGGGAGGUUGAAGAUGACGGACCAGAACAUAGUGUUUAAGAACAGCAAGACUGGCAAGGUGGAACAGAUUCCUGCUAACGAGAUAGAAUUGGUUAACUUCCAGAAGUUCAUUGGAUCUUGGGGCUUGAGAGUGUUCUUGAAGAAUGGCACAUUACACAGAUAUGGAGGCUUCAAGGAAGGGGAACAAGAGAAAGUAGCAAAGUUCUUCAAAACUAACUACAAUAAAGACAUGUUAGAGAAGGAGCUGUCUCUGAAGGGCUGGAACUGGGGCACGGCUAAGUUUAAUGGAGCAGUAUUGAGCUUCAAUGUUGGCACUAACACUGCCUUUGAAAUCCCGCUGCACUAUGUAUCACAAUGUAAUACUGGCAAGAAUGAAGUCACUCUGGAGUUCCAUCAGAAUGACGACACACCAGUAUCCCUCAUGGAGAUGCGCUUCCACAUCCCAACAAGUGAAGUGGGAGGCGACAUGGACGCAGUCGAGGCGUUCCACCAGCAAGUCAUGAACAAAGCCAGCGUCAUUUCCGUCUCCGGUGACGCCAUCGCCAUCUUUAGGGAGCUACAGUGUCUCACGCCUCGUGGUCGCUACGACAUCAAAGUGUUCCAGACAUUCUUCCAACUCCACGGUAAGACGUUUGACUACAAGAUACCGAUGUCGACAGUCUUACGUCUAUUCCUGUUGCCUCACAAGGACACUCGGCAGAUGUUCUUCGUGGUGUCUCUUGACCCACCCAUCAAACAGGGUCAGACCAGGUAUCAUUACUUGGUACUCCUGUUCGGUAUUGAAGAGGAAACCAGUUUGGAACUGCCUUUUACUGAAGAAGAAUUAAAAGAGAAAUACGAAGGGAAGAUAAGCAAGGAACUGUCUGGGCCUACUUACGAGGUGCUCGCCAAAAUUAUGAAGGUCAUCAUUAACAGAAGAGUUACAGGCCCAGGAGACUUCUUAGGUCACCACAAGACCCCAGCUAUCGCAUGUUCAUACAAAGCAGCGGCUGGCUACCUGUACCCCUUGGAGAAAGGCUUCAUCUACGUGCACAAGCCGCCCGUGCACAUCCGCUUCGAAGAGAUCGCCUCCGUCAACUUCGCGAGAGGAGGCGCUUCUUCUACCAAGUCGUUCGACUUCGAGAUCGAGCUGAAGCAGGGCAGCAUCCACACGUUCAGCAGCAUCGAGAAGGGCGAGUACGACAAGCUCUUCGACUACAUCACCUCCAAGAAACUGCACGUCAAGAACACCGGCAAGAAUGACAAGGCGCUGUACGACGACGACUUCGGCGACUCGGACACGGAGAAGGAGCCGGACGCGUACCUGGAGCGCGUGAAGGCGGAGGCCAAGGAGCGCGACUCCGCCGACUCCGACGACGAGAGCACGGACGAGGACUUCAACCCCGACAAGGCCAAGGAGAGCGAUGUGGCUGAGGAAUACGACACAAACCCGUCAUCAUCAGAGGAUUCCGAUGCGUCAGCUGCGUCGGACGACGAUGCUAAGAAGGAAAAGAAGAAGAAGGACAAGCCCAAGAAAGCUAUUACUAUUUCGGAAGCCCCACGCAAACGCAAGGAGAAAUCUAAAAAACGCGAGAAGGACGUGAAUGCACCCAAACGUCCCGCCACCGCUUUCAUGCUGUGGCUCAACGAGAACAGGAAGGGCAUCGUCGACGCCAACCCCGGGAUCAAGGUCACCGAGAUCGCUAAGAAGGGAGGAGAACUGUGGAGGGAUCUGAAGGAUAAAUCUGAAUGGGAAGAGAAAGCCGCCAAAUCGAAAGAAGAAUACAACAUAGCGAUGAAGAAAUACAAAGACAGCGGCGCUGCCGAUGAAUUCAAACAGAAGAAAAAACAAGCGGAGAAGGAACGUAAAGCCGCAGAGAAGAAGAGUAAAGCACCUUCUGCUAGUAAGAAGGCGAAGACUGCCAACGCCGGCGCGGGCAGUGGCGGGAAGUUUACCAGCAAAGAGUAUAUCGAAGAUGAUGAUAGCUCUUCUGAUUCCGAUAAGGAGAAGGAUAAGAAGAAAAAGGAUACUAAAGAUAGCAAAGACUCAAAGAAGGAGAAAGCAAAGAGUUCGUCAUCAGAAGCAGAAGCCUCUUCGGGCGGGUCCGGGGACGAGAGUGGAAGCGGUAGCGAUUGAAACCACAAUGUACUUACUAAAUAAAAUUAUGUUCUGCUGUAGUUAUUACUGUACUAGUUAACUUUAUCAAGAUUAUCUCUCGUUAUUUCCCACGGUGUUGACAUUUCAUGGGGGAUUUGACCAUAGAAUGUUGAAUGAGCUUUGAUUUGAUUCUUAUACCCAAGAACUGAUACAUUUUUUUUUUGUUAUUUCUUUUGAGUGAAGGUUUUUACAUGCAGAUUUGUAAUACUUAUAUGUACAGUGGAUCUUGUACUAGCGAAAUAUUUCAUACUAAUUGUUAAAUGACACUAACAUACGUAUUUGUCAUCAAUAAUCCCGAAUCCGUACUGAUAGGUUUAACUGAAAAAAAAAAACGUUUCUGCAAAGUAACGAAUAGGACCAAUCUGUAAUCAAAUUAUUAUAAAUUGUUUAUUACGCGAUCGAAAUAAAGACGGCCUUGAAUGCGAUCGCGAUAUCAAGUGAAGUUAAUUUUGAAACUCAAGAGGCAAUAUAAAGUGAAGCCAUUAUUUCCACCGCAUUAUUAUAUCAUUUAUAAAACACGUAAUUUCUAAAUAUGUCCAUGUAUGCGCUUGCGCAGUCUUGCAUCUUCCCUCCCUUAUUUGUUAUUAGAAUUGCCAUAAGUCCUAAGAAACACAAUGUAUGUGAUAUUAUUUGUAUUAUGUAUUUUCCAAUUCAAUUGAUGUGUGAUUCGUAAUUAAUGUGUGUUAUGUGAAAACAAAUCCUUGAUGAAUAAGUAAAUGUAAAUAUAUUCGUAAGAUCAUUUGUAAUUGUCUUAAAUUCGUAUUACCUGCGAUGUGUAUUGUAAGCCCCAGUUAGUUGUAAUUUGUUAGUUUAUGGUAUUUUUAUUAUAAGAUUAUAUUUUUA